AUGAACUGCUAUUUCAUCAACGCAGCACAUCCAGAGUAUCUCCUUACAAUUGGUGAUAAGAGCACUAAAACACGCGAAGGCCAGCUUAUCAUUUGGAAGUAUGAAAAAGGACUUCAAAACCAAUUCAUGAUUUUCAAGGAACGCAUGGUUAACGCUCUUUCUGGCCAUCUUCUUGAACCAUUCUCUAAGGAAAAGGGAUCAAUUGUUGUCCAGGACAGUGUUUACAAACGUCAGGAGAAAUGGCACUAUUAUCCUGACAUGACAAUUCGCAACUCUGCAGGUUAUGUUCUCGAUGUUCAAGGAGGCCGUUUCGAAGAAGGCACACCAAUCAUUCUUUGGAAUAACAACGGCUCUCAGCAGCAGAAGUGGAUCUUCUGCACUGUUCUCAAAACAGGAAGAAAGGUUCAUCAUCAUCACCACCAUCAUCACAGAUCUCAUAGAACCUCAUCUACAACUGUUAAGAGAACAACAACAACAGUUACAAUUGUCGAAACAAAGGAGGUUCCAGCAGAAGAAACCCAAGAUAAGUCAUUCUUCCAGAAAGUUGCUGAAAAGGUUUCAGAAGGCUUGUCAACAUCUUCAGAAUCUGAUGAUGAUAAAGAACACGUUGAAGAGACACCUUCACCAGCUGGAAAGAAGCACCGCAAGAAGAAACACCAUACAGGAGAACAACAUAAGCACAGAAAGCACCACUCAAAGGAGAGCCAGGAUUAA